GUCGCGCUACGAUGACGUUUCAUUGAGGAACGUCAUCGCAGCGCGACACCUUGUUCGCGUCACUGGCCGCGCCACAGUGCUGCUCUCUGCUCGGACGGAGCCGCCCCGUCGGAAGGAGGAUCCCGGCCGCCCCCUCCACCUCGACCCCGGCCCACCCUGCACUGGAGGCGAGCACUGCAGCCUGCUUUCUCGCAGCCCCCCGCUCUCCUACCCGGAGCCCGCCAAACAGUGAUUUUGUAUUAUACAUUGAACUGACAGUAUCCAGUAAGGACAUCUACUCCUUUUUUUCAUGGAUUUUUUCAUAAGCAUGUCUGAAACACUAAAAUAUAAUGAUGAUGAUCAUAAGACUGUGUUUUUAAAAACCUUAAACGAGCAGCGACUAGAAGGUGAAUUUUGCGAUAUCGCCAUUGUGGUUGAAGAUGUAAAGUUUAGAGCCCACAGGUGUGUGCUUGCAGCUUGCAGUACCUACUUUAAGAAACUUUUCAAGAAACUGGAAGUUGAUAGUUCUUCGGUCAUAGAAAUUGAUUUCCUGCGGUCUGACAUAUUUGAAGAAGUUCUGAACUAUAUGUAUACUGCAAAGAUUGCAGUCAAGAAGGAGGAUGUAAAUUUGAUGAUGUCAUCAGGCCAGAUACUUGGCAUAAGGUUUUUAGACAAGUUAUGCUCUCAGAAGCGUGAUGUUUCUACUACCGAUGACAGUCCUUCCACUCCAAAAAAUAAAUACACUUAUGAAACAAGCUUGAAAAUAAGUCGUCCAGUUGGCGAAGCUAAUGAGACUCAAGAUGAUGAAAUAGAGGAGAUUGAAGAUCACGAUGAUAGCCCUUCAGAUGGCACUGUUGAAGGGACUCCUCAGAGUCAUGAAGAGGAGAAGUCUCCUACUUCCACCCUACGCGUACAGGAAGCAAUCCUCAAAGAGCUGGGCAGCGAAGAAGUCCGAAAGGUUAACUGUUAUGGUCAAGAGGUUGAGGCAAUAGAAACAACUGAACCUAAAGACUUGGGUUCACAAACCUCUCAAACUUUGGCUUUUAAUGACAGCGUUAAUGAAGUAAAAGAUGAGCAAGCACCAGCAUGGACCACUCCUACAGCGGAUAUGAAAUUUGAGUAUUUACUUUAUGGUCACAGAGAUCAGUUUGCUUGUCAAGUGUGUGGAAAGGCCUUUAUAGAUGAAGCUCGUCUACGGAAGCAUGAAAAAUUGCACACGGCUGAUAGACCAUUUGUAUGUGAAAUGUGUGCCAAAGCAUUCACCACACAGGCACACUUAAAAGAGCAUUUGAAAAUUCACACUGGUUACAAGCCCUAUAGUUGUGAGGUCUGUGCCAAGUCCUUUAUCCGAGCACCAGAUCUUAAAAAGCAUGAGCGAGUACACAGCAACGAAAGACCUUUUGCUUGCCACCACUGUGAUAAAGCAUUCAAACACAAAUCUCACCUUAAAGAUCAUGAAAGGAGACACAGAGGAGAAAAACCUUUUAUUUGUGCUUCGUGCCCUAAAGCAUUUGCCAAGGCAUCUGAUCUAAAACGUCAUGAAAACAAUAUGCACAGUGAACAACGCAAGCAGGUCACAACCAGUGCCAUACAGAGUGAGACAGAGCAAUUACAGGCAGCAGCUAUGGCUGCUGAAGCUGAACAGCAGCUGGAAACUAUUGCUUGUAGUUAAAUAUUUAGUUUGUGACGAAGCAUGUGUUCAUUUCUUUUUAUGGUUUAUCCAACUCAUUUAUGCAUCCAAGUACCUUUUUGAGACAUACAAAAUAAAAUAUAAAAAGUAGCCAAUAAUAUUUCAAAUAGAUUUGUAAAUGAACAAAUUGGUACUGAAAUAUAUGGUUAAAUAAAGGCUACAUGUUAAAGUGUUUAAACUGUAGGGAAAAAAAAUAAAAUCCUUUACAUAUCUUAAAUAAUGUAGGCAUGGAAUAAAUAACCCUCGAAGGAGUUUAUCUACAUAGUAUGUGUUGGGUUACUCCAGUAUGAGAUUUGAUAACAUGCACAAAUGUUUAAAUUUCUGGCAAGAUAUUUAUAGUUGUCUGCUUUCAUAUUUUAUUCCGGUUAUGUUGGUAGAUUUAUGGUACUGAAGAAAUUUUCCUUUGUACCGUGUAAUAAAUUCCAUGAACUGAGACAUUGGAUGACCACUCUGAAAGUUUGUGCUACUUGUGCACAGAUGGCUCUUCAUACAGUUCCAUCAACCAUCUAAUAUAAAACACGUGUAUCACGUCAAGCAAUGGUAAUGAUUACAUGUAUGUUGGUGAAUGUUACUAUCCAUAUUUCAUGUAUGAGCUUUAUGAAUAUCAGCUUUUAUUUCUCCUUAAAAUGGGCACUGUAUAAUAGACAUUGCAGUCAUUCAUAUCUAUGAAUGCUUUGAUUGGAUCUGUUAUUAUAGGAAAAUGACAGUUCACUAUCAAAUUAAAUAUUAAGGGAAUCUUUACAAUGUAAGGGAAAUGCGCAGCGCAAAGGGCAAUUGCUUCACUAUGGUGUUGAAAGUAAAAAUGUCUUCUAAUUUAAUUUGGGAGUACAUAUUCCACUGAUAUUUUAAUUUGGGGUACAGAAUUCCUUAUCAUAUUCUGCCAAAGGUAUUUGGUCUUUUUAAUGUACAUAUGUGGUUGUUGCAAUGUGCUGUUUCAUGAAGUAGCAUCUUGUAUUUUAACUAUAAUUUUUCUUCAGUUUUACAUGAACUAGUACAUAUUUUAAUGCAAAACUAAACAUUGAAACACAAUGGAACCAGUUGUAAUAUAUUGUGAUGUUUUAUUGUCAUUUAACUGGGGGAAUCUAAUGUACUUCUUUACAGCUAUGUCAGAAGGAAACUACUUUUAUCUGUGUAUUUUAAAAGUGGAUUGCCAAUCUGUAAAAUCACAGAUUGCAAUGAUAAAUACUAAGCUUUUUCACCUUUAGAUGGAACAGCCACAUUUUUCAAUUAUGCAGAAAGCAAUGCAUGUCCCUACUUUUCCAGUGCAAUAUCUUUUCCAGGAAAACAAUGCAUGUAAAGGAUACAUCUGUCUUCUGGGAGUGGAUUACAUGUUGUAAACCUAAUCCUAUAUCUGACCGUUGGCUAGGUAACAUUUUGUAAUAAAGUGAAUCUACUGUAACUGGUGGUUGGAUGAUUGCAGUCACACUGCGACUAAAAGGAUGUUACUGCAUUUUGCAGUACUCCAUUGAAACUGCAGAUGUCAGGUAUGUCAAGCAGUGGUUGAAUUUGCUCAGAACUGUACCACUUGGACACUCUCUCUACCAGAAUGUAUCUAACCAACAGUUGGAAAUUGUAUAGGACUUGGAUCCAUUUUGAUCUUUUACUACCUUCCCAUUAUUCAACUUUUUUUUUUUUUUUUUUUUUAGAUACUACACCCUUAUAGGAAAAUUGCCACCAUAUAGCAUACGCAGGUCAAGGUUUGUGUAUUCUAGUAGUCUUGUAUAAAAGUGCUAAGUGCAAAUUUCAGUAGCGAACAUUCUUUGUUUUUUCAUUUUGAUAUAGAUGCUCUUAAUUAUAUGUAUAUUUUAAAAUAAAAAUAUAAAUGGUUUUCUUUU